CUGCGCUUGGCCGCCCUCUGUGACGAAGAUUUUCGCCAAAGCUGCGGCAAUUGUAAUCGUACCUUGACCAAAACAAAAAGCAAUUCUACGUAGCUGCCAGAGAAAUAGUGAAAAGUGAGAGUAUUGUGAAAUUUUCAUCAACUGAGGAUUCUUGGAAAGUUUAGUACAAAAAAUUUACAUCCAUAAGUGGUGAACCAAAACAUCUGUAUUUAGAAAGUCUUGAAAACGUGUUUGUAGUAUCGGGAAGCAAGCAAUACCUUUAUAACUAGAAAUGUCGUGGCAAGCUGGUCCAAAUUAUCAAGAUCCUAACCAACAAUAUUAUGGCGGUUAUCCGCCGCAAGCUGGCUAUCCACCCCAAGGUGGUUAUGCCCCUCAAGGUGGCUAUCCCCCCCAAGGUGGUUACCCUCCCGCUGGAGGCUAUCCACCACAAGGUGGUUACCCUCCGGCUGGAGGUUACCCGCCAGGCGGUUACGCACCACAACCAGGAUUUGUUGUACCACCUGGCGGCGGCAGUGGUUAUGGCGCCUACGAUGAUCCUGAAGGACAACCAAAGAAUUUUUCUUUCGAUGAUAUGAGCAUACGCAAAGGGUUCAUACGCAAGGUCUAUAUGAUACUAAUGGGUCAACUAGUGGUCACUUUUGGUUUUGUGGCGCUAUUCGUUUUCCAUCUACCCACCAAAGAAUUCGCCUAUAGAAACCCGGCUCUAUUUUGGGUUGCAUUAGUAGUUUUGCUUGUAACAAUGAUAUGCAUGGCCUGUUGCGAAAGCGUACGUCGUACUACACCAAUGAACUUUAUUUUCCUUGGUCUAUUCACGCUAGCUGAAUCAUUCCUAAUGGGCGUAUCUGCUAGCCGAUAUGCACCGAAUGAAGUACUUUUAGCAGUGGGAAUUACGGCUAUGGUCUGUCUUGCUUUAACGCUAUUUGCCACGCAAACCAAAUAUGAUUUUACCAUGUGCGGUGGUGUAUUAGUGGUUGCAAUGGUAGUGUUCCUCGUUUUCGUUCCAGCUAUAUUCAUCAAAGGAAAAAUAAUAACUUUGGUUUAUGCCUCCAUCGGUGCAUUGCUCUUCUCUAUUUACCUUAUUUACGACACUCAACUAAUGAUGGGCGGCGACCAUAAGUAUUCCAUCAGUCCAGAAGAAUAUAUUUUCGCAGCACUCAACCUAUACUUGGAUAUUGUAAACAUCUUCAUGUACAUUUUGACAAUAAUAGGAGCGUCUAGGGACUAGGAGUAAACGUGUAUUAAAUGUGUACAAGGCAAAUCGCAAGCAGCAAACAAGUAGCUGCAUAAUUAUUCUUUCCAUUUUCCUUAAAUUUUCUUCUUAGGAAGUACGUUUAUAUGCAUACACAUGAUUUUGGAUUUAUUCUAUGUGUGUGUAUUUAUUUUAUAAGUAAUAGGAAUCUCAAUCGAUAAUUAUUUCAAAAUUUUACUGGGCUUAUCAAGUACAAAGUUUUUGUCUUUAAAAAUUUGUAAUGAACGAUUCUCGUUCCAUUUUUUUUUUUUCAAAACGAGCAGCACAGUUAAUAAUUUAUUAGAAGCAGUUAAUUGCAUUUUCUUUAAAAAAUCAAAUUAUAAAUAUCAAUUUAAUGAUUUAUAUUUUAUGUAUACAUAAGUAACUGGUAGUCUUUUGAAAAUUUUUGCUCUAUUAUUCUUAAAUUUUUUGUAAGAGCGCUAGCAAACACGAAGAAGAAUAUUAACCAAAAUUUAAAAAAAGUUACUUGUUAAAACUAUUGUCCUACACAUAACUACAUAUGUAUAAUGUAAAGAAUUAAGUGCAUACGUAUGCAUUAUUUACGAACUCAACUCUAGAAAUAUUUUUGUUUUCUGUUUUGUUUACUUUAUAUUUUUUGUAUUAUUUGGUUAGUUGUAGCAUUCAAAAUAUAUGCAAUAUGAAAAAAUAUGUACAUUUAUUGAUUAAAAAUCUUCAGACUUUCACAAUUCUCUUAAAUAUUUUAAAUAAAAGUAAAAAGGCAAAUA